AUGCCGGUUCGCCGGUCUGCUCGUCUUCGGAGCCUUCAGCAGGCGACCCAGGAUUCUCCUACGGGACCCGUCACUGACAACAACAAUGACAACAUCAACAUGGCGAAGAGGCAUAAAAACCUCACUACCGUGAUUGAACGCGACGAAAUUCCCAGUGUUGAUGUGCCCACCCCUCGUCAGCCCACUCCCAAAGCCGCGGUUACUCAAACCCCCAGAAGCACACACAGCCAGAAAAAAUCGCCCACAAAGACACCAACCAGUGUUAUGACGCGUCCCACGCACCAGGAAAUGCAUCCCAGCAAAGUUCACCAGAGCACGACCAAGAAGCCAGAUUCAGGCUUGAUUCUGGGGUUCAACCCUGUCAAGAAGGAUGCCCAAGGCAAUGUGGUGAAGGAUACACCGGCACAGCAUACACCAAGCAAAGUCAAUGCCUCGCCAGCGUCAAACUAUUACGGUACUCCGGCUUUUGAAUUCAAAUUCUCUUGCGCUGAUUCUCAGCUGAGCGAUGAGGCCAAGCAUCUCAUGGAGAGUGUGCGUGAGGAUGUUGCCCGCAUUAAAGCCCAGAUGAUCCACGAAAAGCACAGUGACGCCCCAUCGGAAGCAUCGCAGAUUACAGACAGAAGGAUUGCGAAACCCAAAGGCAAGGCUGGACGGUUUUCCGAUGCCCAUAUGGCUGAAUUCAAAAAGAUGGAUUCUAUUGCUGGCCACGCCUCUGCGUUCCGCGCCACUCCAGGAAGAUUCCAGCCGUUAGUGAAGAUCGAGAAGACUCUGAAGAGGAAGAAUUCCAAGGCGCAUCUGGAUGAAGCAGAGAGUCAUUCUUCAUCCGCUAAAGCGGCUCCCAAGGCAUCUCCCGGCCCCGCAACGCCCGGCGCUAAAAGGGUCAAACGUGACAAGGCUGAUGAUAUCUCAACGGGCCGAUUGAUUACGCCCAAGCGAGCAAUUUCUCGACCCCGAGCUGGAGUGCGCAGCUCCUUGAUGACCCCUACUCGAUCUUCCAUGGCGCGUGCGUCCUCUGUUAGCCUAAAACCACCGCGAACCAGCAUGAUCCCCUCUCUUACACAAUCUCCCGCCCCCAAACCGUCUAAGGUUCCAUGUACCCCUCGAACUGAUUUUAAUCCGCGCUUUAAGAGUAACUUGCCCACUCUGGGUAGUCUCAAAUCUAUCCUGCGCCGCCAUCAGCCGCUUUUCUCCAGGGACCCGUCCAAGAUAGCUGCCGGAACGCACUUCGCAGCCCCAGAUUUCACAUCGGAUUUACUCUUGAAACCUUCCCGCGAGAAUUCACAGGAACCAGCACCAACUCCAUCCCCUAAGAAACGCGUCGAAUUUACGCCAGCCGCACAGUCUCCCCGUCCGCAGCAGCUGGUUUCGCCUUCUCCGUCAAAAAUCCCGAUGGUGGUUGCGUACCCUGGUACUUCAAACAUCGUCUACCCGACAUUGCCUUCACUGACUCCGGAUCGUACUCAAGUUGAGCAACUCACGACAGUUCGCUCCGUUCGCCCAUCUGAGCUCCCUCUCGAAGCCACUUUGCCCGAAAUCCCCGGCAUGCCCCAUGGCAUCAGUCACAAGAAGAGACAUCGUGCUGCUGACGACGAGGCGGAUGGCGAGAACGUGCCACCUGUUGGUAAACCCUCGGAUGAGCGGAGCGCAAAGCGACUGAAGUUUAACUCCCCGGCACCCGUGAAGUUACCUCCUUCUAGCCCCCUCAAAGCUCGUUCGCACACCCCUUCCCGGCUGAUCUCAAGGCCUGGUCGCGUUGGAACUCCAGUGAGUGCUCGUGCGAAGAGUCGCGGGGUUCUCAGCGUGAGCCGCUUGAACUUGUUGUCGCAGCCAAAACAUCGGUCCUAG